UAUACUGUACAUACGCAUUGCCGACAACUGAAUAUUUAACAGUAUCGCCUGCGGAGCAUUAGCACUUCACGCAUCCGUAACCAAGUAUUGCGAACAUGAAAUUUGUCAACUAGAAAUGUGAAUCCCUGACAGACAUUUUCGAUUUGCUAAUGGUGGAAGUGGAAACAUACAUGUAUGCAUGCGCUGACUGUUAAACUGCGAUUACAUCUGGCGUUUGGUGCUUGAUUCACGCUGUUAUUGGAAGUUUUCGUUCGCCAAUUCUUUUCGACCAAUACAAAGAUGCGCACAAAAUCAUCAGGAAGUCUCACAAUAAGCUCCUUCGUCGGUAUAAUUGGUUUUUUGCUGUGUCUAGACAACGUACACGGUUUAACGGAAAAUUCGGAUAUUGUCCUGGAUGAAUCUAGACCACAGGUGUUUUACUGCCCUACGAAGGCAUGGUCAGAAAAAGAGAAGAAAAUUUUGACAGCACUACCUAUUGAACGUUUAUGCCAAUACGGUCCUGGUGGAAAACGGCCAUUAAAUUCCGCUGGUGAUUGUUACAACGAUGUUGACGAAACUCCAAUUGCUUGUGAUGAAAAAGCUCGGUUCCUGAAACGGCUGAAAGUGCGACAGGAAACCGAAAAUUUAGUGAAUACCAAAGAUUUCUAACCAAUUCCGCCACUUUUAGAAACGUUGAAUUUCGACCGAUAUUAUGGCCCUGUGAAACUGUAGUGACUUAGUAGACCUAGAACUAUCUUGUAUGAGUUUGCAUACAGCACAUGUAUUCGGAUGUACAAAGUUUCUGUUGAGAUAUAUUUACAAUACCUACAAAAUGUAAUUAUGCAAAGGCCAUGCGUAACAAUAAGGACUUAAGCGCAUGUUUCUUUUGGAAUAUACCAUUCACGUUUGAUGUUCCUCUCCAAUACUUGCAAUCAACGGGAAACUGGUUUCUUUCGUAAAUUAAAUCAUGCUGGACUGAACUGGAUCAUUCAUGCGGAAAUUUAGAACAAAUGGUUUAAGCUUCUCAGUCGAAUAAAUGUCGAUUUUCGGGUG